UAUGAUAGUGGAGUUACCACGACUGUUUUAGCUAUGCCGCCGUUUCGUGAGAAGUAUCAACUGGAUCCUCAGGAAGGCGUUGGAUAUGCUAUUGUUCCUGUAUCAUUAGCAGCUUCUUCGGUAGCAGCCUUGUUAUCCGGUUACUUUGCUGAUUCAAUGGGUCGGAAAAAAUUCUUCAUUCUCGCUUCGAUUAUUCAUGAGAUAGGUUGCAUUGUUGAGCUUGCUGGACAAAAUCAUGCAACAAUAAUUGUUGGUAGAAUGAUCACAGGCAUAGGCGUUGGUAUAUUUAGUAUGCUUGUACCACUAUAUCAAAGUGAAAUAGCUCAACCUGAAAAUCGUGGACGUCUUAUGACUUUUUAUCAAAUUCUUAUCACCUUUGGUUUCUUUCUGGCGUUUUGGAUUGGCUAUGCAUCGUUCCGUCUCGAUUCCGAUGGCGCUUGGUUGCUUCCCAUUGGCCUUCAAUUAGGAGCAGGCUUAUUAUUGUUGAUAGGUCUGUGGUUUAUACCCGAGUCACCACGUUGGCUCAUUUAUAAGGGACGUAAUGAUGAAGCCAACAAGAUUCUCGUUCGACUACGGUCUCACAACUAUGACGAUGAUAUUGAGGUACAGAUGGAAUUCACCGGCAUACAUAUCUUUACACAGUUAUCUGGCAUCAAUGCGAUUCUAUUCUAUCUUCCUUACAUCCUUGAAUCAGCAGGCAUCAAAGAAAUUUACUCGGUCCUGUUGGGAAAUGGCGUUGGUGGUGCUGUCAAUUUCGUGGCUACAUUAUUUGUUUUACUUUAUGUAGUCUUGAUGGGCUUGUGUAUGAUAGUAAUUACGAUAGUUUCCGCCAUUUACAAUCAGCAGCUUGUUUCAAGGCUCGACGAUGAUAGCGACGGCAUGAAUGUAAUAAGCGUGAUGUCCAACACAGCGGCAAGCUAUGUCUUGCUUAUUCUAUUAUGUGUAUUCAUCGCUAUCUUUGCGCUUAGCUGGGGUCCGGUCGGAUGGAUCUAUCCUGCUGAAAUCUAUCCGCAAAUGAUCCGUGCUCAGGCCAUGGGUGUUACUACCUUUUUCAGCUAUUUAUUCAAUUUGUUUGUAUCGCUCGCUUCACCCGUCAUGUUUCGGAAUAUCACGUGGGGGACCUAUUUAUUUUUUGGUUUAAUAUCUCUCAUUAUGGCGGUCAUUGUACAUAAAUUGUAUCCAGAGACCAGGGGACGUUCCUUGGAAGAAAUCCAAUUGAUUUUCAGCGGUGCUCUUAUUGAUCAACGACCUGAUGCCCAUCAUCCUACGACAGCAGCAGAAGCUUUGUUGCAUCUAGAACAAAUUCAACAUAGAGAUAAACGACAUCAGCUU